AGACCGGUCACAUUGUUCACUAUAGUUUUAGAUUGGUUUUUGCAACAUUACAACAUGAUUCAUGUGUAUGUGGCUGUGUGUUGUACAUAAUUAUGCAAAUACAGUGUACAGUGUGCGAAAAACUAGAAAAACAGUCGAUUUUUAAGUGAUUUUGAUCUGCUCAUGCAGCGUCUAAUUUGAAUGAAAAGAGCAACCUUGGACAAAUCAGCCUUCAAAGAUGUUUAACUCCACAUCAAAACCAGGACUUGACGAUGGAAGACUCGACGGACGCGCUGGUGCUGUUCGGCAACAACACGACGCCGCCGGCGUUGGUGGAGGAGUGGGCCGGCGCGGGCAACAACUCGUCGGCGGACCUGAUGGCCGAGAACCAGUUCAUCCUGCCGUGGUGGCGCCAGGCGUUGUGGUCGGUGUUGUACGCUCUGAUGGUGGUGGUGGCCACCGGCGGCAACGUCAUCGUCAUCUGGAUCGUGUUGGCGCACAAACGGAUGCGCACCGUCACCAACUACUUCCUCGUCAACCUGUCUGUGGCCGACACGAUGGUCUCCACGCUCAACGUCACCUUCAACUACACCUACAUGCUCAACAGCGACUGGCCCUUCGGCACCGUCUACUGCAAAAUCACGCAGUUCGUCGCCGUCCUCUCCAUCUGCGCCAGCGUCUUCACGCUCAUGGCCAUCUCCUUCGACAGGUACAUGGCCAUUGUGAAUCCGUUGCGACCGCGAAUGGGCAAGAGGACGACGCUGUGCAUUACGGUGUUGAUUUGGCUCAUCGGCACGGUCUUGUCGCUGCCCUUUCUCAUCGUGUUCACCACCUACGAGAUCAGUCUGACCGACGGCAGUACCAGGAUUGUGUGCUACGCCGAGUGGCCCGACGGGGAGACCAACAACAGCGUCAUCGAAUACUGGUACAACGUGUUCUUCAUGUUCGUGACGUACGUGGUGCCGAUCGUGGUGAUGACAAUCACGUACGCCCGCGUGGGUGUCGAGUUGUGGGGCAGCCAGAGCAUCGGCGAGUGCACGCAGCGCCAGAUGGAGAACAUCAAGUCCAAACGCAGGGUGGUGAAGAUGAUGAUGGUGGUGGUUGUGAUCUUCGUGGUUUGCUGGCUGCCGUUCCACGCGUACUUCAUCGUGACGUCGCAUUUGCCUGAAAUCACCACCGCGUCCUACAUUCAGGAACUCUACCUCGCCAUUUACUGGCUCGCCAUGUCCAACUCCAUGUACAACCCCAUCAUCUACUGCUGGAUGAAUUCCAGGUUUCGGCGCGGAUUUAAGCAGUUCUUUUCGUGCUGCCCUUGCAUCACGGUGCCCCAGGAGCCCCUGACCCGCCGAGAGGUGGUCACCAGCAGGUACAGCUGCUCAGGAUCUCCGGAGAUGCAGUGCCGAAUUAUUCGUAAUGGCAAGAAAAAUUCGGUGCACAUUCCAUUGCAAGUGACGGGAGCGGAGGCGGUUGGCGGCGGCGGCGCCUCGUCCUCGGCUCGCGGCCCCCAGUACUACACCUUCAGAGGCGGUGGCCGCGGGGCCAAGUGGAGGGGCAGCCGACGCGACGGUGACCUCGGAGAGCCGUCUUGACAGGGGGCGGACGGGACCGGACGGGGAGGAGGGGGCAGGCAGCAGACCUGGAUUUGAACAGGCAUUAUUUUCCUCUUAUUCCUCUCAACUUUGCGCCAGGUGAAAAGUUUUGUUUGCAGAUGUAAAGCGGCGAGAGAUGCUAAUGAAAGGUGCUGGCGCGAGGACAAACUUUUUUAAUGUAUUCCUGCCCGCUGCUUUCUUCUCGUUUGAAGAGGGACUUUUCCGCCUGAAAAGCUGGCUUUUCUGAUACUCAUGGGAGAAAGAGAGUGGUGGCAUCUUUCCUCUCUUGUCUUACAUUUCAUGCUGCCACCCUCUCCUUGUUUGUCAUUAGCGCCGCUCCAGACAUAAUAUAUAUACACGACCUAUUUUUGUGCGACAAAAACAAAAGAUAUUAUUUGAUAUUGUCUCCUUUUUAUAUAUUCACACAAAAUUUAAUAAGUGUGCUGGUAUGUUCAUGCGUAUUUGCUUUUAAGAAAAUUUAAGUCGUCUUUGCACAACUUUUAUUGAAAAUUCUAUUUGCAAGAAGCUCUAUUUAAUAUAUUUGUAAACUUUAUUUACAUAAAAUUGUUACUCAAGAGAUGUUACAUGGUGAACUUUGGUGUUUCUUAAGACGAGCGAAUCAAUAACUUGUAAACUUCUAAAUUAAUUAUAUCAAAACUGCAGAAUCUAAAUAUUUUUCUAAUAUUCAAGGAUUGCAUGAAAUAUUAAAUUUUUAGUUAAAUAAUUUGAUAUAAAAGUUUUUUAAAAGGAUCACUAAUUUUUAUAACAAUGAGAUGUGUUUGAUACUUUUUAUUGCUCAAUUGAUAUACAUUUUUCUUUUAAAAAUGAAAAUAUUUUCUGCAGGUGCCAAACAUUCUGGCCAAAGGAGACGCCUAAAUCAUAACCAAAGAGUUGCUCCCUUGUUUUGAUAAUGGUGGGAAAUCAAAAAAUCUUAAUUAUAGUUGUAUAGUUUGUAAGGCAAACUUCUGGCACUACUUUGAAAUAAAUAAAAAUAUGUUCAAUGUGAAAACUUACAUUCCCAAACACAACUUUUGGGGAACAAGCAGAAAUCAUAUGUAUGAUAUUUUCCGAAAGCCAGAAUAAAUUCACAUGAAAUGAAAGAGAACUAUUAAGUGUAAUGCAAACGUUGUUGUAAAUUAAUGUAAUUUUACGAGAAGAUAAAAUGCUCGCAUGGUGUCUGUGAUGUUGAAAAUAAAGAUGAAAUCAUAUUAAAAAUUACUUCAGCAUCACAUUCUUAGCCCGAUCUUCGUCCAGGCUUGGCUUCCUCUGUGACAAAGCUGAAUUUUUUAAGUCCAGAAGAGUGUCUCUGUCGUAGCUGAGGGAAGGUUUGACGGCCUCGUUGUAGACCAUCCUCAAAUGCAUGA